UGGUUCUUGAAGUUUCAGAUGAGAGAGAGAACAGAAACGAUGGAAGCCAUGGAAGACAAGCCGAAGGUACUGAUUCUCUACGCGUCUCAAACCGGAAAUGCGUUGGACGCAUCCGAACGCAUAGGUCGCGAAGCCGAGCGCAGAGGCUGCCCCGUCGUUCUCCUUUCCAUGGACGACUUUGAUGCCAAUUCAUUACCAUAUGUGGAGACUGUGGUUUUUGUUGUUUCCACCACUGGCCAAGGAGACACGCCUGAUUCCAUGAAGGUGUUUUGGAGGUUUCUUUUGCAACGAAAUAUUAGUCAACAAUGGCUGGAGGGAGUUCACUAUGCUGUGUUUGGAUUGGGUCAUUCUGGUUACCAGAAAUAUAAUUUUGUUGCUAAGAAGCUUGACAAGAGACUUUCAGAUCUUGGGGCAAUGGCAAUAAUUGAAAGAGGUCUUGGGGAUGAUCAGCACCCUUCAGGUUAUGAAGGUGCUCUAGAUCCUUGGAUGUCCUCCUUGUGGAAAAUGUUGCAUCAGAAGAAUCCCUUAUUCUUCCCGAAAGGUACAGACGUUUUGAUUCCAGAUGUGAAAUUAAUGGAUCAACCCAAAAUUCAAAUCACAUAUCAUGACGUCGACAAGGUUCUGUCACAAUUUUCAGCUAACACAGAUCUGAAGUCUAUUCAGAUGCAGAUUGAGAGAGCUCGCUCAAUGUACCCUGGAAAAAUUUCUCGUGACAAGAAUAGGCCUGAUUGCUUUUUAAAAAUGGUCAAGAAUUAUCCAUUAACUAGAGCAGGCUGUGGGAAAGAUGUGCGCCACUUUGAAUUUGAAGCUCUUUCAUCAGUUAUUGAAUAUGAAGUUGGCGAUAGUCUUGAGGUUCUUCCUGGUCAAAGUCCUGCUGCAGUUGAUGCUUUCAUGCAGCGUUGUAAUUUGAACCCUGAUUCAUACAUCACAGUUCAUCCUAGGGGUACAGAGAGUCACCUUGUCAAUUCUAAAGUCCCCAUUAAAUUAAAAACUUUCGUGGAACUGACAAUGGAUGUUGCAUCAGCUUCCCCGAGACGCUAUUUCUUUGAGGUCAUGAGUUUUUUUGCCAGUGCUGAACAUGAAAAGGAAAGGCUUCAAUAUUUUACCUCUCCUGAAGGAAGAGAUGAUUUAUACCAAUACAACCAGAAGGAACGAAGAACUGUUUUGGAGGUACUGGAGGAUUUCCCUUCCGUGCAAAUGCCAUUUGAAUGGCUGGUGCAGCUGGUCCCUCCAUUAAAAACAAGGGCAUUCUCCAUUUCUUCUUCUCAUUCUGCUCACCCCAAUCAAGUACACUUAACUGUAGACGUCGUGUCGUGGACAACACCUUUUAAGAGGAAGCGAACUGGUCUUUGCUCAGCAUGGCUAGCUGGACUCGAUCCUAAGCAAGGAGUUAAUAUACCAGCAUGGUUUUGCAAAGGCUCCCUUCAUGUCCCACCACCGUCUCUCCCCCUCAUUCUUAUUGGACCCGGAACCGGUUGUGCACCUUUUCGCGGAUUUGUGGAGGAAAGAGCCCUUCAAAGUAAAACUUGUUCAACUGCUCCAGUUCUUUUCUUCUUUGGUUGCCGAAAUGAGGAAAACAACUUCUUAUACAGAGAUUUUUGGUUGUCCCAUGCACACAAUGGAGGGGUACUCUCAGAACAUAAAGGUGGAGGCUUUUAUGUUGCUUUCUCCAGGGACCAGCGGCAGAAGGUCUAUGUACAACAUAAGAUGAGAGAACAUAGCAAGAAGGUUUGGGGUAUGCUGAGUGAUGGGGCUGCUGUAUAUGUUGCAGGUUCUUCAACUAAAAUGCCCUCAGACGUAUUGUCAGCCUUUGAGGAAAUUAUAUCUAAAGAAAGUGGGGUUCCGAGGGAAGCUGCUGUGAGGUGGCUAAGGGUGCUGGAAAGGGCCGGGAAGUAUCAUGUUGAAGCUUGGUCUUGAGCUCUGCUCGGUUCUUCGUUUCUAGUGGCAAUUCUGGUAGAGGAAAUCACACAAGCAGCCAUGUUGUGAAGGUACUAAAAAAAAUGUAAACUGAUCAAUCAAACAAUUUUCAUAUUGUGUGUAAUCUUUGUUCAAUAUAUAGCAAUAGAACCUAGGAACGAGGUUCUGUAA